AUGGCUGCACCCCUUCUUGCACCGCCAGGACCCGACAGUUUCAAGAAGUUCAACAGGGAAUCUUUGGCGGCCCUUGAACAGCGCAUCAAUGAGGAGAAAAAGAAAAAGCCACCCAAGCAGGACAGCAGUUACCGUGACGAUGAUGACGAGAACAAGCCGAAGCCUAACAGUGACCUGGAGGCUGGCAAGAGCCUGCCCUACAUCUAUGGGGACAUCCCACCAGGACUGGUGGCGGUACCACUGGAGGAUCUAGACCCAUUCUACGUGAACUCUCAGAAAACAUUUAUAGUGCUAAAUAAAGGGAAGACAAUCUUCCGUUUUAGUGCCACACCUGCCUUGUACUUCAUAAGCCCUUUUAAUCCAAUUAGGCGAUUCGCAAUUAAAAUUUUGAUACAUUCCCUUUUCAGCAUGAUCAUUAUGUGUACAAUUUUGACCAACUGUAUAUUCAUGACCUUUAGCGAUCCUCCAGAAUGGUCCAAACAAGUAGAGUACACAUUCACGGGAAUUUAUACAUUUGAGUCUCUUGUAAAAAUCACAGCACGAGGAUUCUGUAUAGAUGGGUUUACAUUCCUUCGAGAUCCAUGGAACUGGCUGGACUUCAUGGUCAUUUCUAUGGCAUAUAUAACAGAGUUUGUGGACCUGGGCAAUGUAUCUGCGCUGAGAACGUUCAGAGUUCUCCGAGCACUCAAAACAAUCUCUGUCAUUCCAGGACUGAAGACCAUUGUGGGCGCCCUGAUCCAGUCCGUGAAGAAGCUCUCAGACGUGAUGAUCCUGACUGUCUUCUGCCUCAGUGUGUUUGCCCUCAUCGGCCUGCAGCUCUUCAUGGGAAAUCUCCGUCAGAAGUGUGUGAUCUGGCCCAUCAACACCACUGAGAGCUACCUGGCCAAUGGCAGCAGGGGCUUCGACUGGGACGAGUACAUCAUGAACGAAACGAACUUCUACUUCCUGCCUGGUCAGUUAGAUGCCCUUCUGUGUGGAAACAGCUCGGACUCUGGCCGCUGCCCAGAGGGAUUCAUGUGCAUGAAAGCUGGGAGGAAUCCAAACUACGGCUACACCAGCUUUGACAGCUUUGGCUGGGCUUUCCUCGCUCUCUUCAGGCUCAUGACACAGGAUUUCUGGGAAAAUCUGUAUAUGCUGACCCUGAGAGCUGCUGGGAAAACAUACAUGAUCUUCUUUGUGCUGGUCAUCUUUGUGGGCUCCUUCUAUUUGGUCAAUCUCAUUCUGGCUGUGGUUGCUAUGGCCUAUGAGGAGCAGAACCAGGCCACAAUGGAAGAGGCGCAACAAAAAGAAGAGGAAUUUAAAGCUAUGCUGGAGCAGCUCAAAAAACAACAGGAAGAAGCCCAAACUGCUGCUAUGGCAACCUCUGCGGGUACAGUUUCAGAGGAUGCAGUAGAAGACGAUGGAGGGGGGCAUCUAUCAUGCAGUUCUUCAGAGAUGUCAAAACUUAGCUCCAAGAGUGCCAAAGAACGCCGCAAUCGUAAGAAGAAGUGGCGUCAGAAAGAGCAGGAGAAAGAGAAAGGUGACAGUGAGAAGUUUGUCAAAUCUGAGUCGGAUGACGGCAGCAAAAGAAGUCGCUUCCGGUUCCCUGAUAACCGCCUUGGUCGAAAGUCUUCCAUUAUGAACCAAUCACUCCUCAGCAUCCCAGGCUCACCUUUCCUAUCCAGACACAACAGUAAGAGCAGCAUCUUCAGCUUCAAGGGCCGCAGUAAGGACGUGGGCUCGGAGAAUGAGUUUGCCGAUGAUGAGCACAGCACAGUGGAGGAGUGUGAGGAGAGGAGGGGGUCCUUGUUCAGCCCAUACAGACGGAACAGCUACACUGGCUUUCAUGGCAAGAGGAAUAGCACGGUCGACUGCAACGGCGUGGUGUCCCUCAUCGGCCCUGGGCCCGGUGGACGCCUUCUGCCUGAGCCCACUACUGAGGUUGAGGUGAAGAAGAAGCUGUCGGGCUCCCUGAUGGUGUCUGUGGACCAGCUCAAUACCUCCUUUGGGCGGAAAGAGCGGGCCAACAGUAUCAUGAGCGUCACACUAGUGGAGGAACUGGAGGAGUCUCAGCGCAAGUGUCCCCCUUGCUGGUAUAAGUUUGCUAACACUUUCCUGAUCUGGGAGUGCUCCCCUAUGUGGAUCAAGAUCAAGGAGAUUGUGAACCUUAUAGUGAUGGACCCCUUUGUGGAUUUAGCCAUUACUAUUUGUAUUGUUCUCAACACCCUCUUCAUGGCAAUGGAGCAUUACCCGAUGACCACUGACUUUGAAGAUAUGCUGUCGGUGGGCAAUCUGGUGUUCACGGGGAUCUUUGCCGGGGAGAUGCUCUUUAAACUCGUGGCCAUGGAUCCGUAUUAUUACUUCCAAGAGGCAUGGAACUGCUUUGACGGGUUCAUUGUGACGCUGAGUUUAGUAGAGCUGGCUCUGGCUGACGUCGAGGGUCUCUCAGUCCUGCGGUCAUUCCGUUUGCUGAGAGUAUUUAAGCUGGCUAAAUCAUGGCCCACCCUAAACAUGCUGAUCAAAAUUAUUGGUAACUCAGUGGGAGCCUUGGGAAACCUCACCUUGGUGCUGGCCAUUAUUGUCUUCAUCUUUGCUGUGGUGGGAAUGCAGCUGUUUGGCAAAAGCUACAAAGACUGUGUGUGUAAGAUUGCCCUGGACUGCGAGCUGCCCCGCUGGCACAUGAAUGACUUCUUCCAUUCAUUUUUGAUCGUCUUCCGGGUAUUGUGUGGAGAGUGGAUUGAGACCAUGUGGGACUGCAUGGAGGUCGCUGGUCAGGCGAUGUGCCUCAUUGUCUUUAUGAUGGUCAUGGUCAUCGGUAAUUUAGUGGUGUUGAACUUGUUUCUUGCCUUGCUGCUGAGCUCAUUCAGUGCUGACAAUUUAGCAGCCACAGAUGAUGAUGGGGAACCAAACAACCUACAGAUUUCAGUCAUGCGUAUCAAGAAAGGAAUUGCCUGGUUUAAAGCAAAGAUGCGAAUUCUGAUGGCCAGUUUAUUAAGAAAACCCCUUAUGGAGGAUGAGCAAAAACCACUGGAAGACAUGUAUGGAAAUAAAGUGAACUGCAUUGCUAAUCACACUGGAGUAGACAUCAACCGAGACCUGGAUUACACUAAGAAUGGUAAUGGGACGACCAGUGGCAUUGGUAGCAGCGUUGGCAAGUAUGUGCUGGACGAUGCCCACAUGUCGUUCAUCCACAACCCAAACCUGACUGUCUGUGUCCCCAUUGCUGUGGGAGAGUCAGACUUCGAGAAUCUCAAUACAGAGGACUUCAGCAGCGAGUCAGACAUCGAAAACAGUAAAGAGGUGGGUCUUCUAGGUCUGUGCAGAAUUAUACAUAUUGCCCUUGCUGUUCCAAUAGUUUUAUUUUCAUCGGAGGGCAGCACCAUAGAUAUAAAGCCAGAUGUGGAGGAAGUAGUUGUUGUGGAAACGGUAGAGGAGUACAUGGAACCUGAGCCAUGCUGGACAGAUGCGUGUGUGGCCAAAUACAAGUGCUGCGAUGUGGACAUCACAAUGGGCUGGGGGAAGAGCUGGUGGUUCCUGAGGAAAACAUGUUACCUGAUUGUCGAACACAACUGGUUUGAGACCCUCAUCAUCUUCAUGAUCCUUCUCAGUAGUGGUGCCCUGGCCUUUGAGGAUGUGUACAUUGAACAGAGGAAGACCGUUCGAACUAUUUUGGAGUACGCUGACAAGGUGUUCACCUACAUAUUCAUCCUGGAGAUGUUGCUCAAAUGGGUAGCCUAUGGGUUUGUGAAGUACUUCACCAAUGCCUGGUGUUGGCUGGACUUCUUCAUUGUUGAUGUGUCUAUAGUCAGCCUUGUAGCUAAUGCGCUGGGCUACUCCGAUCUAGGGCCCAUUAAAUCACUCAGGACACUAAGGGCCUUGAGACCCCUCAGAGCCUUGUCACGUUUUGAAGGGAUGAGGGUGGUAGUCAACGCCUUGGUGGGUGCCAUCCCUUCCAUUAUGAAUGUGUUGCUGGUGUGCCUCAUCUUUUGGCUGAUUUUCAGUAUAAUGGGGGUCAAUCUGUUUGCGGGCAAGUACUACUUUUGUUUCAAUGAAACAUCAGAGGAGUACUUUCCUGUUGAUAUCGUCAAUAACAAAACACAAUGUGAGGAGCUUAUCAGAAAUAAUUUCUCGGAGGUCCGGUGGAAGAAUGUCAAGAUCAACUUUGACAAUGUGGGAGCUGGAUACCUCGCCCUCCUACAAGUGGCAACAUUUAAGGGAUGGAUGGACAUCAUGUAUGCAGCUGUUGAUUCUAGAAAUGUGGAAGAGCAGCCGGACUAUGAAGUCAACAUUUAUAUGUACAUCUAUUUUGUCAUUUUCAUCAUUUUUGGCUCCUUCUUCACUCUCAACCUGUUCAUUGGUGUGAUCAUUGACAAUUUCAACCAACAGAAGAAAAAGUUUGGAGGUCAGGAUAUCUUUAUGACAGAGGAACAGAAAAAAUAUUAUAAUGCCAUGAAAAAAUUGGGCUCCAAAAAGCCUCAAAAACCUAUUCCACGACCGCAGAACAAGAUCCAGGGGAUGGUGUUUGACUUUGUGACACAGCAGGUCUUUGACAUCUCCAUCAUGAUCCUCAUUUGCCUCAACAUGGUAACUAUGAUGGUGGAAACAGACGAUCAGUCCGAUGAAACAGAGAUGGUCCUGUACUGGGUCAACUUCAUCUUCAUUGUAGUCUUUACAAUGGAGUUCCUGCUCAAACUCUUUGCUCUUCGCCAUUACUAUUUUACUAAUGGCUGGAAUAUUUUUGAUGUGGUGGUUGUCAUCCUGUCUAUUGUUGGUAUGUUCCUCGCAGACCUGAUUGAGAAGUACUUUGUGUCUCCGACCCUGUUCAGGGUGAUCCGUUUAGCUCGUAUUGGUCGUAUUCUUCGUCUCAUUAAAGGAGCCAAAGGAAUCCGAACCCUACUCUUUGCUCUGAUGAUGUCACUGCCCGCUCUGUUCAACAUUGGUCUGCUCCUCUUUCUGGUCAUGUUCAUCUUCUCAAUCUUUGGCAUGUCUAACUUUGGCUAUGUGAAGCAUGGAGCAGGAAUAGAUGACUUGUAUAACUUUGAAACAUUUGGCAACAGUAUGAUCAUCUUGUUCAUGAUUACUACAUCUGCCGGUUGGGAUGGUUUGUUAUUACCCAUCCUUAAUUACCCACCCGACUGUGACCCUAACCUGGAGAAUCCCGGUACUUCUGUUAAAGGUGACUGUGGAAAUCCAUCAGUGGGAAUCUUCUUUUUCGUGAUGUACAUUAUCAUUUCUUUCCUUAUUGUUGUUAACAUGUACAUUGCCAUCAUUCUGGAGAACUUCAGCGUGGCGACGGAGGAAAGUGCAGAUCCCCUCAGUGAGGACGACUUUGAGACAUUUUAUGAGAUUUGGGAGAAAUUUGAUCCAACUGCCUCUCAGUUUAUCACUUUUGCUAAACUGUCUGACUUUGCUGAUGCAUUAGAGCACCCACUGCGUGUGCCAAAGCCAAACACUAUAGAACUAAUUGCCAUGGACAUGCCAAUGGUCAGUGGUGACCGCAUUCACUGCCUGGACAUCCUGUUUGCUUUUACAAAGCGUGUGUUGGGUGACAGUGGUGAGUUGGACAUGCUAAGGCAGCAGAUGGAGGAGCGUUUUGUGGCAGCCAACCCCUCCAAAGUAUCGUACGAACCAAUCACCACCACCCUGCGCCGCAAACAGGAAGAUGUCUCUGCCAGAACUAUCCAGAAUGCUUAUCGAGCCCACCUCAUCAGGCGUGGAAUCAUCUUCAAGCGCAUCUUUUCGAGCAAACUUGAAAAUGGUGGAAACCAGGAAAAGAAGGAGAGCACACCCUCUACUGCCUCUCUUCCUUCUUACGACAGUGUAACCAAACCUGACAAAGAGAAACAGGAUGACAACCGAGAGAAGGACAAAAACCAAAAAGAUGAAUGGGAAUCUAAAUGUUAGUGUUUAAUGACACUAUUAAACGCAGUGAUAUCAGACACUGAGCCUAAAAAUAUUGACCCAACAAAUAUAGAAAAGUGAAUAUUUGAACGUAAUAACAACAAAACGGACAAAAAAUUGUUUACAGACUCAAAUGCAAUUGAGGCAGUGUGGUUUCAUAUGUCGUCUUAGACAGCUGAACCAAAUGCAAUCAGUUUACUGAAGAACUUUGCUGCCCAGAGACCAUGUAAUGAGAAGCAGAAACAGUAACUCACAGUGUGCUGGCCAAUGACACAUAUUUCUUUGGGGACCAACUGCCAAGGCACAGAAUUCUAUGUUUAUUGAUUGGAGAAACUGCAUAUCCCUGCCACCACCGAGCGUGGACCGCAGCAUAUUGCUGCUACACGACCAGAUCAUACAGAUCCUCAAUGAACUGACAAAGCAGUCUACAGGAGGGUCUAAAACAGUUUGCCAUCAACAAAGAAUUACAAUAAUCAACCAAGUAAAAUUAGUUAGGAAAAUAAUCUAGUGAGGCAAGGGAAACCUGGAACCGUAGACAAAGAUUUUUUUAUUUGUUAGCUAAAUACACUUGCAUUUUCUCAUUCUUUGAGCAGCAAAAAAGAAGGACAUUUAGCCCAUGUCACUAGUUCUUUCAUCAUCUUUGUUAUACUGACAUUGAAGAAGGUAUUUUCUACAUGGGCUUUCACACUGACCAGUUAGGGGUCAUUAGUCAUUGUGUUGACUUGGGCUGAAGGAGACUUGCUCAGAUUGAGUUUCAAAUAAAUAAUUAUUGUGCUCGUU